UUCAGGCAAUUCUUAAGGUUACUUUUCCCCUCUUGGCAAGGGUCUCACGUCCCUCCAGGCCCCAGCUUAUCCUGAUGGUGGUUAGCCCCCCGAGCACGCAAUUACCCGAGUAUUAACAGCUUGCUCAUCGAGAUUUUCAUGUUGACUCACCGGGAGAACUGUCACGUCUCACGAUACCUCAUUCUUAGCCUUUGCCAUGAGAAACCAUGAAUCAAUUCGGUUUUAGGGAAUAUGGUUGGGACUCUGUUCCCUUUCGUUCCCAAUCGCUCUAUACUCUAAAUAGCACGUUUAGGGCGACUAGCAUAUCGAGUCUUCAAUGGAUUCAUGACCUCUCGGAUUUUACCCGAGCUGGGUAUCUACAGCUUACUAUUAUCACUGCGUCCUUCCUGGUUAUUGUCAGAUAUCUUCUCCACCGUCCCUAUUCCAAGGUCUCUGGGCCCGAAUCCAAUGCGCACGCGGUAGCAUGGCCAUUUGAGUUAUCUAGCCAACUCUUACGAGCUAGCUCGUUAGCUUUUAUGAUCGUUGCCGCUGUCCGGGGCGAAGGCAGGUGGACCGAUGCGACCGCUUUAGCCUAUGCUUUUGUCAUUGGUGUUUUGCGGCUGGCGUACGAUCUCGAGUGGAGGCAUGUCGCCUUGCACCACACCAAUUUUAUCCUUGCCGGUUCCCUGCUCAUCCUUACUUUAGGGGAGCUUCUUCCAUACAUCGAUACAGAUCAUAAUGAGAGUAUGAGCCCAAUGAUGAUCUGUAGCAUAUCAACACUAGCUGCCGCCGUGUUUGUAGCUCUCGCCACACGAAGGGAAUGGAUACCGCCAUCGUUAGAUCUUGAUAUCUCUGAGAAAAUACCAACCCGAGAACCAUCUCCCGAAGAAACAUGCAGCUGGUUGGAGUAUUACGUGACGUACGAAUGGCUUACGCCUCUCAUGUUCAAGGGUUUGCGCCGACAAAUGACCUUAGAAGAACUACCUAGACUUCCCUGGUAUGAUGAGCCAUUCGUCCUGCUUUCUAGAGUUCAGGAGGCACGGCGGAAAGGCAAAUCCACAUUCUGGACAUUAAUAUACUUCUUGCCUCAGGAAGUUACCACCAUGGGUUGUUGGAUUGCGUUGUCUUUCAUUUUUGAAAUGAUUGCUCCGUACGCUAUGUACGGAUUACUUCGCUACCUUUCUGACCCAGAAGGAUCUCAGUUCCGGCCUUGGGUCUGGCUAGCGCUCCUUUUCAUUGGCCCACUAUCGCGUUCUGUGUGCUUUCAGCAAUACGUAUUCACAUCAACUCGCCUGCUUGUGCGUGUUAGAGCUGCGUUGACUCAAGAGUUAUAUUACAAAGCAUUGGGAUCCAUGGAAUUGGACGACGAGGUCUUUGCCGAGAUCGCCGCUACGGACAAGGAAAAGGAAAAGAGUAAACAAGCCACUACUUCAACAGGUCGCCUGGCAAACCUCAUGGGUGCCGAUGUGGACACUAUCGCCAGAGGCCGAGACGUCGUACUUGUUGCUUGCGGUGUGACAUCUGGAUCUGUAGUGGCUCUUUUUGGUUUAUACAAGUUGUUAGACUGGACAGCACUCGUUGGUAUUGCUAUAAUGCUAGUGCUUUCGCCGUUUCCGGUUUUGAUUGCCCGACGUAUGGUAGGUAUCCAACGUGACAUGAAACGAAUACAAGACUCGAGGAUUUCAGUCAUCUCAGAAUAUCUAGCCUCGAUCCGAGCGAUCAAAUAUUUUUCGUGGGAGGAAGCUAUCAUCAAGCGAGUUAAUGAAAUCAGACUCGGCGAACAAAAGAAGAUAUGGGCCUUGAACAUACUUUAUAUUACUCUAAAUCAACUCACGGAAGCGAUCCCGAAUCUAUCACUAGUACUUAUCUUCACCUUACAGGUGCUUGUUCGUAAAGAACCACUAACGGCAGAAGUCGCUUUUACGGCUAUAACAUUAAUUAGGACUUUGCGCCGAAAUCUGUCGAUGGCGUCAAACAUGUCACGAGGCUUCACCGCCGCAGGUGUUUCUCUCAAGCGCCUAGACCGUUAUAUCAACAGCACUACGCCCCUGCAAUCUCAUCCGGUCGGCCAGCUUAAGAUCAGCAAUGCUACUUUCAGGCGUCACAAGAGAGCUUUAUUUGCGUUAAAAGAUAUUUCCAUCGAUUUCGUCGAGGGUGGAUUAAACGUAAUAACAGGGCAGAGCGGGAGUGGGAAAACAACACUCCUCAUGUCGAUUCUUGGCGAGACUAUCCUUGAGAAUGGCACAGUAACAAGCCCCGAAGAUAUUGCCUACGCCUCGCAAAGCCCCUGGUUACAAAAUGAGACGAUCCGUGACAAUAUUCUCUUCAAUAGCCCCUUUGAGCAAGCACGAUACGACCGAGUGAUCAACGCUUGCGGGCUGCCGAUCGAUUUUGACGAGUUUCCAGAACGAGAUGGUACUGAGGUUGGAGAGAACGGGGCCUCAUUAUCUGGAGGCCAGAAGUCUCGCGUUGCUCUGGCACGAGCUUUAUAUUCGAAAGCGUCCGUGAUUUUACUUGAUGAUGUCUUUUCCGCUCUUGAUUCCAAGACGUCAGCAUUUCUAUGGGAGGAAGCUUUCUGCGGCGAUCUACUUAAGGGAAGGACUGUGGUACUCGUAACACAGCUGCCAUGGAUUGCGCCCCAAGCAGACCUAACCAUAACACUAGAGAACGGCUCAGUGAAGGAUAUCCAGCAGAACCUAGGCGUGGUCCGGAAAUCCGUAACGCUCGACAAAACGCUUGUCGACGAAGGCAAUCUUGACGAGACCGUGGAAGCGGCUGCAACUCAUACCGCCGAAAGCAAUGGCACAACGCUCAUUGGAAGUUCUAAUGGAAGCUCUAACGGUGACAUCAAAAGCGCGGAAGAUAAACGCCGAGAUGAGGUAACACAGGAAGCUCUCAAGACCGGACCAACUGCCCGUCUACAAUUUUUCCAAUACAUGCGAUUAUUUGGCAAUCCAUUUUACGCUAUGCUGGCGCUUGCGAUGAGUAUUCUUUCCACCGCCUCGUUUGUCGGGACCGGGUUGUGGAUCGCGGUCUGGGUAGACGCUUAUGGGAAAGACGAUGCAUACAAUAUUGGAUUCUACCUUGGUAUAUACGCGGCAUGGAGUAUUGCCGACGUCAUUUUCAGUGGUUUAACAUAUAUCGCGUACGAGAAUGGCGGCUGGUACGCCGCGAGAUCACUGCAUACCACCUUCAUCAAAGCGGUGUUGAGCGUCCCCCUUUCUUGGUAUAAAACGACACCUAUCGGCAGAGUAGUCAACCGGUUCUCUAGAGACAUGGACUCCAUUGAUAAUCAAUUGGCUGGCAUGCUCAGAUUGGGCGUGGAGACGCUUACGCGCCUUGCCUUUCAAAUUGUGGCCGUCGGUUCCGUACUUCCAAUCUUCAUGUUACCGGCCGCCGCUUGUUGCGCCGCUGGAAUCUUAGCGGGAGAACUGUACACCAGGACAGCUGUGGCGGUCAAACGGCUCGUGUCGUCGUCGCAAUCCCCUCUAUUCGCCCACUUCGCCGAUACUCUAGCUGGUCUCCCUGUGAUUCGCGCCCGCGCAAAAAUGGCCCAAACCUUCGGCGACCAGCUAGCAGAUAAGCUGCGAAUAUUCGAGAGAUCUUCCGAAGCUCAGUUUAAUUGCAACAGAUGGGUCGCGCUCAAGGUCGAUAUGAUGACUACACUAGUCACGGUCGCUGCUGGCGGGAUUGCCGUGUCGAAAGCAGGUCUUGUAGCAGCUGGCGUUGUUGGAUUUUCGUUGUCAAAUGCCACCACUCUAAGUCAACUUAUUAUCAUGCUUGUAAGAGCAAGCAACGAACUUGAAAUCGAAAUGCAGAGCUUCCAUCGAGUCCGGGAAUAUGCCUCUGUUGAGCCAGAAGAGAAGCCGGAUGAGGUCAAGAAAAUUUCCCAAUACUCUGAUAACCCCGAACCCACCAUGCCUGAGAAUUGGCCAACAACUGGCGAAGUCGAGUUUCGCAACGUGACUAUCAAGUAUGACCUAGAUGGCCCAGAGAUCUUAAAGGACAUCAAUCUCAAAUUUGCAGCUGGCGAGAGAGUUGCAGUCGUGGGAAGGACUGGGUCUGGAAAGAGUACAUUGGUUUUAUCUAUGCUGCGCUUCACUAACGUCGUCUCGGGACAAAUUCUCUUCGACGGCGUAGAUAUCACGAUGUUGCCACGCAGGAAGCUCCGGGAAGCACUCACGAUUAUCCCACAAGAGGCGGUACUGUUCAAUGGAAAUGUUAGGUCAAACCUAGACCCAACAGGCAAAAUUCCAACAGAAACGCUCGAGAAGGCGCUACAAUACUGUAGCGGGAUCGCGUCGUUCCAAUACCACCAAAAUGCAGAGAGCGCGCAAAAUGGAAACGGACAGCAUAAUGGAACUAACGAAGCUCAGUCCGACGAACCGUCCAGUGACAUUGGUAUCACUCUUUCGACCCCCGUAAAACCUAAAGGCGAGAACUUCUCCCACGGACAGCGACAAGUACUUUCGCUCUGCAGGGCUUUGGUACGCGGUAGCAAGUUGAUGUUGUUAGACGAGGCGACUGCAAGCAUGGACUACGAGACCGACCAGGGAAUUCAGGAAGUUCUAAGAAAGGAACUGAACGAAUACGGAAGGGACAGGACUCUGGUUACCAUUGCUCACCGACUGAAGACUAUCAUCGAUUACGAUCGCGUGGUAGUCAUGAGCGCGGGAUCCGUUCUCGAGGUUGGAAGCCCAAAAGAACUUUACGAGGCUAAAGGGCAGUUCUACGACAUGAUGAAGCACAGCGGGGAGUUUGAAGAUCUAGAGAGAUUCCUAAACGAUAAGGUGUGAAGAUGUAUUCCACCGGUAUGAAGGGACAGCCGGGGGCAUAGAUGGGUAAAUAUUUAGAUGGUUUCAAUAUAGACGGGUUAUAAAGAAGUGCUCCUUGACAUUUUAUCCAGUGUCGUCUCCAAUUGCAACUCCAUUUACCCAAUUUAAAUCUUGAAGAUU